CCCCAUCUGGCUCCUCCUAUAGUCCACGCGCUGUUGUUGUGAUUGACCGACAGGUAGGCGUCAUGUGAAACUUUCGCUUUGCUGUUUGGUGCCGCUGCCACAAAUGCGUUUCAAUUAAGUAAACAACGAUGUCCGAUAUACUGAUGAAAGAAAUGGAUAGUUUGUCGAUCAGUCCAUUGAAGCCAGAGGACCGACCCGACGACGGCGGCCGGAGCUUCCUGCUCGUGGACGAGCAAGAAAACCUGCAGGUCCGGGAUGAGGCCGAGUUCGUGGAGCGACUUGGCUGUGCUGACGUAGCGGGCGUCAAGGUCCUCUCCAUCUUUGGAAACACCGGUGAUGGCAAGUCUCACACGCUCAACCACGUCCUAUUUGAUGGCGAGACUGUUUUCUACACCUCCAAGUCCCCCAGCUCCUGUACUGUGGGAGUUUGGGCUGCUUACAACCCCACUCUCAGCCUCAUUGCGCUGGAUACAGAGGGCCUCUUGGGAGCCGCAGCCAAUCAGAACCAGAGAAUGCGGCUGCUGCUGAAGGUGCUGGCAGUGUCGGAUAUAGUGGUGUAUCGCACACGGGCAGAGCGUCUUCACAAUGACAUGUUCCAGUUCCUGAGUAGUGCCUCAGGGGCAUACCUGAAGCAUUUCACCCCAGAGCUAAGGGCCCUGUCCACCCGCUGUGGUCUGGAUGUACCCCUGUCCUCUCUGGGGCCUGCAGUCAUCAUCUUCCAGGAAACAACACACACGCAACUCCUGGGCCAAGACUCAAAGAUGGCCGGCUAUGCAGACACACUCCUCCAGAAGCGUUUUCAUGACCUGGGUUUGGGGACAGAGGCCUUCAGCUCAGUGCAGUACAUAGGCACUCAGACGAUCACGCCGCCCACGAACUAUAGCGGGCUGCUAGAGGCCAUCAAGCAGCAAGUGAAGAACACUCAUACCCGGUCCCCCCGCCAGCCUGCAAUAGUGUUUCACGCACUAGAAGCUCUGAGUGAACGUUUCUGUGGAGAACUAUCAGAUGAAAAGAUGACACUGUACUCCUUCUUCCCAGAUGAAUACUUCACCUGCUCAGCUCUCUGUCUCAGCUGCAACAUUCGCUGUAAAAAUGGAAUGAACCACCUGAGAGACAGAGUUCCCCACAUGGCAGAUGGACUCUGCCAGUAUGCACACCAGUACAACAACAAGGUCCUCAUCUGUAAGAGGUGCUAUGAAGCUGGCAGAGAGGUGAUUGUUGUGCCCAAAACAUCAGCUUCGUCUGAUAAUCCCUGGUUUGGACUGGCCAAGUACGCCUGGUCAGGAUAUGUGUUGGAGUGUGCUAGCUGUGGGGUAAUCUACCGCAGCAGACAGUACUGGAUGGGAAACCAGGACCCAGAGAGUGGUGUGGUGCGAUCAGAGGUCAAGCACGUCUGGGAGGGUUCUGACACUUUUCUGACCAGCCACCAAAAUGCUGCCCAGAGGGUCUUGGAUGGGAUGAACUAUGUGAUUCAGUCAGUGUCAGAGUACGGCACUGGCCCCACCAAAGCCGUCACUGGCUGGAUUACUGACCAGGUGGCACCUCCAUACUGGAGACCUAAUACAGAGAUCACUGCCUGUCAUGGAUGUCAGAAGGAGUUCAAGGAGGCGGAAAGGAAGCAUCACUGUCGUUCAUGUGGGGAGGGUUUCUGCCAUCCUUGUUCCAGCCACAGGAUGCCGGUGCCAGAGAGGGGCUGGGGUAGCAGUCCUGUCAGGGUGUGUGAGGCCUGCUACCGCCAGGGAGGUCCUCCUGACACCAACAGCCAGGUCUGUAAGGUGGAGCCUCGUGGUCUGAUAGCUCGCAGGGUGACGGAGGUGGCACAGUCGACACUGGACAUGGUCACCACAGCUGUGGACUACCCUCUCUGUUUCGUGAAGGAUGUGGCUCGGCCAGACUACUGGGUGCCAGACCAGGACAUCAUCAAGUGCAACCAGUGCUCCAAACCUUUCACUCCAGCCAUGUCGAAGCACCACUGCAGGGCCUGUGGGCAGGGCGUGUGCGGGCCCUGCUCCACACACAACAAGCCCGUGCCCUCUCGAGGUUGGGACCACCCGGUCAGAGUGUGUGACAGCUGUCACGCCCGCACGGACAGCCUGUGACCUUUUCCACCAGGCAAACUUCUCAAAGUGCACUCAGUUUUUCUCAGAUGGGCUACAAAACACUGUGAAUCUUGGCACUGCUGCUCCUUGGAAACCAGGAAGGGGACUAAAUGGCAGGUCUGGAAUCAGCCUUUGUUUUAUGUGAAACGGGAGCUGCUCAGAUAUGUAGAAGGAUGACCAUCUGGAUUCCACCGCUCAGUCGGGAUUUGCUUUCGGUCUCUUUUGCCUUCUUGAGCAACUGAUUUCAUUUCAGCCGUGAGAUGAUUGACAGCCUCUACUGACCAAUCAAAAUGCUUUAACUGGAGAAAUGGGAAGCUGGACAUGUGUUUUCAACUGACUGCUUUUAAAAAUGAACUUUCAUCUCCCCCAGUUAUCAUUAUAACAGCAGAGCUUGAACUCUUAACUGCACUCGAGGGUGGUCUUCCAUGCUCAUUAAUUUCUCUUUGCACAGGCCAGCACCAUGGUUCUCAGUUUGAAUAUGCUCUUAGUUAAAUAUGACAGGAGGACGAGUAAAAGGGACGUACUGGGAAUAGUGGGAGAUUUUAAAAGUUUGAAGGAUCUUUUAAAACUUAGCCACUCACUGCAACCACUUACAUGGUGACAUGUUCUUCUGAACCAUCAAACCCGCAAGUCCUGGUUAAGGAGCAUGUAUAAUCAUGAUAGUGGGGGAAAAAUGCUCCUACAGUACUCAGGGCAGAAUGCAAUGCAAAUUGGAGAAACACAAACUGCAGCAGUGUGUGCCUUCAUGGGAAUCUUAACACCCACUUAUUCAACCUCUUCGGUUUGCUUUUGGAGAUUUCUCCGUACGUUCAAAUUCUGAGAUCAUUUGUGCCUAAUUAUAGAGCCAUGAUUAUAGCCUCCAUCCUCUCAUGAAGUUGUAUCUGCAGUAUAAAAUAUGUAGCUGUUGUCAUGUUAGACAUUCCAUUAUAUAGAAGUACCUGUGUACUAAUGUAGAUUUGCCUUUCUGGGGUUUUAUAAGUAGUGAAGUACUGAUGUUUCCAGGUAGCUCUCUCAAGCCCUUUUCAGACAUCACUGCUCUCAUCAAUCUAGCAGAGUGACGGCGUUCUGUCGCUCAGUCAUAGUCAUGUUUCUGUUCUCAUAAGCUUCACUCAAAAAUGCCAACAAUAAUGACUGAAAGAGCAACAGCGCACCCAUGAUUUUUUUUUUUUUUUUCACCAUUUUGUGCAACAGGAGUUGUCAACAUAGGUACUUCAAACAUUAAGUUCUUUCUGCCACUGUCACUAAGAGCAGCGUGUGUGUGUGUGUGUGUUUGUUUGUGUGAAUGUGUGGUGUUGCUCAGAGAGCUGGGCUCACCCCUCUAGCACAGGCUCAGAGAGUUAGAUCUCUUUUCUGGUUUAAAUUUUUUAAAGUUCUUAAAAGAAACUACGAUUAAAUGACGUUAUGUGCAGUUUAUUUCUGGUCAGGGAAUUCUUUAGUGAGGGGAGUGGCUCACUGAGCACCAGACAUCACCAGCUGUCUUGUGUGCAUGUCCAUAGUUGUGACUCCGUGCAUUUAGACUCAUUUCUUGGUCUGACAUACCAAGACUGCUGCUGCUUCCGAUCGAUUGAUGGGAGUUCAUGUCUUUGAAGGGCUUUAAAACAAAGAACACACCUGAUAGAGUUGCUCUCAUGGUGAAUGACAUGCAAAUGAUAUAAACACUGAUGGAAGAAAAACUACAUUUUCUCUCAAGAGAGACGUUGUCUGUGUAUUAUACUGGACUCUUUAGUGCUUUAUCCCAGUUUUCAAAAUAACCACUUAUCAACUUUUCUGUUAAAUCUAGCAACUGACAAUCUCAGUUUUUGAUGAGGCUCAUCCAAAUAAAUAAAUAAAACAAA